AUGAUAGUGAACAGUUGCUUACACGACUGCUACGAAGGUCUUCCGCAGCCGGAGUUCGUGCUCGCGCCGGAGGAUACGGAAUUAAAUUAUUUCCUCUGGAUGCCAGGCUUUAAAUAUAAGCCGAGCUUCCAGGAGAAGCUGACGACGCUGAAAUCCCUAUCCUCAAACUCAGAUAGCACACUGGACGGAGUUCUAGAGGACCUGAUUGAAGUCGAUGAGUUGGAAAAUAGUUUUAUGAAUAAGGCGAAAAGAGGGACGCUCGAUACCAACAUGGCCGGAGCCCUGGCACGCGAGUUGGGAGGAGCUCCUUCUCAAGCUGACCUGCUAGAGUUUGAAGCAACGUUCGGAAAUAACGUCAAUUUUGAGCAGUUUAAGGAGUUUCUGGCAGUUUCCAUGUACUCGUACGAAAACCGUGGAUAUUUCGAAGAAAUGCUGGCAAAGUUCGAAAACACGAGCGGAGGAAUGACGGUUGCCAAGUUUGAGAAUAUGCUGAAGAACUACGGAGAGCCGAUGACCGACAAGGAGCUGGGCGAGGUGUACAAAUUACUGAACGUGAGCAACAACACAGUGUGGACGAAAGAUCUCCUGAACUUGCUGCGUCCAGAAUCUUAA